AUGGCGUCCAAAGAGAUACAAGUGGUAAAAAACAUCAACGUGGAAAGUGCUCAACAGGAAAACGAAGGAAGGGAGCAAGCUUCCAUGAAGAAUGAGGAAGAACCCAGCAACCUGGGAGGAGGUGAAACCCAGAAGCCUGGAGGAAAUGUCAAACGGGGGCGAGUCAGGCGAUUUGUUCCUAAUUUUCGAUGGGCCAUAUCUAAUAAGAAUGCUGAUCGCAAUGAAUUGGGAGGAAAAGAUGUAGAGAGAUGUGUAGGGCAAAUGGUGGAAGUUAAGAAAAAAGCUAAGGAGAGGCAGGUGAGAAAUCACAUGCGCUUCCAAACUCCUGAACCUGACAAUCAUUAUGACUUUUGCCUCAUACCUUGA